AUGUCAGUCAGACAAUUGGGCAAAGAAACGUGCAAACGUCCUUCGAAAGCAUUGUUUCUUUCUCCAAAAGAAUGUAAAACUGGGAUCGCGCCAACGCGAUUGAUUGUCGAAAAAGACGUUCAUUACAUAGAGGGAAUGCUGGUUCACGUGAAGUGGGAAGGGAAGAAAGUAGAAGCGGAGAUCCUUGCUUUGAACGGUAAGUUUCAAUUCUAGUUCUUGAGGUCUACGUUUCGUACUUCUGUUCUGUUCGAGAGACAAGACUAGACAGCAUUUGAAAGUAAUUAUCAUCACUCAUACUUACCGAUUCUACAAUUCUAAACACAUUUUAUAGAAAGUACUGGUCGAAAAAGACUUUGAGUGGUCCAGAAAGAACUUGCCCGAUAUUGUGGAAGAGUCAGGAGAGCCAUCGGAGAUCGAUGAAUGUUCAGAACCGCCAGAGAAAAAAGUGGCAUGUAAGAAGGUAAUAGUGUAUUUUAUGUUAAGUUUAUUCCUGUAUUGUUACUUCAAAUCGAAUUAGAACAAAAUGAGAAAAAACUACAUUGAAGCCUAAAUUGUGAACUGGAGUGUGUGAGUUAUCCAAACAAACGGGAAACUGCCCUUCGUUACAGCAAAGUUCUUUGGCUAACGGCUUGGCUCACAAAAACUCUCUUUACUGCAAUGUUAAGUCGCAAAGCCCUUUCGAGGCUUUUAAACCUUUGAGGCUGUUAAAAGUGAAAUUAUUUGAUUUUCCUUGCUUUAGUCCAUUGAAGUGCGAAGUACCAGUGAAGACAAACAAAGCCAUCAUCCAUACGAUCAGUUUUUGGCUGGCCAAAAGAAGCGGGAGGUGGAAUGGAAGUCAAACCGAGAAGCAAAGAAGGCCCAGUCCACAACACCCACAAUAACCAGCGCCGUCAAUCGUCUUCAAGAAGACCCGGCCGUCACUUUACUUCGGCAGCAGCUUACGGCCAAAACGGAGGAAUGCCGUCGCCUGAUAGAUAAAUUGGACGCCAUCGAAGAGGUCAAUGCAAAAAUUAUAAGGAGCCAAACGCAGAUGCAGGAAAAUUUUGUGAAGGUAAUACUGUUCUUAAAAGUCGUAGUUAUAGUGGCAACCUGCGAUCAAGCGCUUAUCGCUAACUUACACCAUAGUUAGGACAUGUCAAAAAAACAGCGUCUGAUCGCUCGUUACGUAUCAUUGCAUAACUUUAGGUCUUCUUGUUAAUUUUGUAAUAGAGUUGUGCUCUUUAAUUUGUAACGUUCUAAAAGCUGCUCGUGCACAAAAUAACGGCUGAUGAACGCGGUAUCGUCACUUUAUUAUAAAAAAAAACCCUCAGCUGAUCCGGCUUAAAAGUCCUCUUUUAACAUUUUCUUAGUAUUUCUCAUCUAGCCUCAUCGCGCCUCAUCGCGCCCUUAUCUACAGUGACAUCUAGUUACCGACCAAAAGGCACAAAACUAUAAAACAAUCACACCGAUCAGGUGAAAGAUGAGCUCUGGAAGCUAACUGCUUUGUUUUACUCUUACAGAUGCUGGAGAAAGUGCAGGCCUCUAUAUCAGGUAUUGAAGACAAGCUGAUGGCGAAUACACAGGCCUCCAUUUCUGGAAUGGCCACUGAAGUUUCGCAACUUGAAGCGCGGCUCAGCUUUUUGGAGGGACAAGCAUUAAAUCAGUAUACAUGCAUGGUAAGAAGUUAAUGCUAUAUCCAUUUAUAGAUCCCGUAAAGAUGCUUAGUUUUUGUUUUACCCUUGAAUAGGGUGUCAUUGUUCGGGUUUGGUCCUUAAAUAGGGUAUCAAUUCUCGUUUGUCUAAAUAGGGUCAGAGCCGUUUAAGAACCUGGGCGGCACACACCUAUCCGAAAUUUAUGGGAGUACCCCCAUGGGCCGGGAUACUUCGAUUGCAAUGUUAUACAGAAGCACCAGUGAAUGAUAGAAACCGAGAGCGAGCCGUCUAGUUGUUUUACCGUAACCUUGUAGCUAAUUAAACAUAACCUAUCAACAACACUAUCAAUGUCACUAUCAAUGAUCAAAAUAAACGAGUGAUUUUAAUUUUUUUCCUCGUGCUGUUAGCUGAAAGAAAUAGAAAACAUAUUUUCCGUGUUUCUAUAAACAAACGAAAUGACACGGGUGUUUUUCUCUUUUAUUCAGCAACUCGAUUCCACUGUAAACUCCGCAUGUGUCAACGAGACUCCCGUGAUGGACGAAAUUGAGUGCUCAGUAGACCUGAACCAAGACCCUGACCUGACAACAAUAAACACAGACACCCUGAGUAGACCUCGCUCCGAGGAGGACCAAUCAGCCGAGACCAAUCCAGACUGGGAAGGCACGUCAGCAAGUACUCCACAGGAGGUCGGCGAGGAGUUCAUCGGUACAUGUGUUACGCCAUCAAAAAUAAGAGCAGUCCAGGAGACUCUCACGAAAGAAAGGGAACGGCACUUGUGUGCACUUAAGUUACUACCAUCUUUCUUCAGUAAGGAAGAACUAGCAACAAGUAACACAGAUGGCACCCAUGAGAAACACUGCCUUGACAGCAACAAACUGAAAUCACUUAAAGUAUUGGUAUUUAGUAAGUUUCCCGUAAACACAAUGGAAGAAAAAAUAGAGCAUGGAGAUGCAUUAAAGGAAAAAUAA